AAGCACAGGCUCGCGCGCUACAGGGGGGCUACACAAAAUGGCGUCCGCGACUAGUGAGACAGUGAACGACGCUUUGUCUUUCGGUUUGCAGUGAAAUUGUUUAUAAAGUACGUAAUUAUUUGUGAUAAAUAUCGCGUGUGUAGCUGAAUAGAGGAUUGACAUCAUCAAUAUCAACAAUUGGGGCACCCGGUAGUUGUGGAGAGGCUGUGAUUGAAAUAAUGGUGAAUCUCAGAAUUCGCGAGAAUGAUGCAGGUUCGAACAGGUCCAAACAACAAAGCCUUUGCUGUGAGUCUACCUCAAAUGGGCAUCAUAUUGCCAUUUCUCAGUACAAUUGUUUUCAAUCGUCAGUGCCUCAUGCCAUGAGCUUUCUUAGAAUCGUUCGGGGGAGAUUUUUAAACGUGUGUUGAGAAAAUUCGGAUGCUAAGCGAGGACACGGCGCCAGAGGACAACACAAGGGCACGGCCGGCACGAUCGAGGCGGGAGCUCUAUUUACGGUAAUAUAACUCUCUAUUUGACGAUGCCUGUGUUAUGAAAAGUGUGAAUAUUCACUUGAAUAUUAUAUGAUUGGAACAAUUGACACAAAGCUUGUGCUUAUUAUUCAGAAUUAAAAUAACAGUGCUUGGACUCAGUGGGGUUAUUGUUGAAAUAAAUUAUUGACAAUCUGGACAAUGAGAUAUGGUAAACAUUAUGGGCAUCAGGAAAUGAGAGAUAAAUUGAUAACAUUAUAACAAUUGAUGUCGGUGAAUAGAAGUGAAUUAGGAGGCCGUCUUAUUUUUUGGAUUAGAAUUAUUGGAGAUAUUCUCCAGUCACAUAUAACGAACUAAAAAUUGGUUUAGUAAUGGAGAAUUUUCUGGGGAGAGGGAGUUAAUGAGUGAAUUUGUGUGGUGCUGUGCUUUUUUGUUAUCACUCAGUGAUAGUUUUUUGUGCAAAAAAGUGUUGUGCAUGUGUGUGGUGUUGUGAUAGAUGGAUUGGACUCUUCGGAGUCAGCUUUCUUCAGCACUUGGGAUAUACGAAUUUGGCGAGUUCCAGUUCGAUAUUAGUUUACUGUUGUUUUAUCCCCCACGAUAAAACCUGAGGGUGUUAACGCAUUCGUCGGUGACAAUGUCAAAUGGUGUACAAUUGUUGAACAACAAUCAGUCACAGCAGAAAGGCUGCACUGCUGCAGCAUCGGAGGGGAGGCAAACUAAAAUGAGGAUUAAAAAAACAAAUGUUACGAGGCCAGCAGUCAAGAGGCCAACUGAGCCCAUCGUUGAAGGUCAGUUUUUUGCUGUUGGAAAUUUCAUAUGUGCACCACCAGCUAAAAAACGUCACAAAAAUCCUCAACCGAAAAAUGCAGUUUGCGCCCUAAAUGAAUUAAAAACCGGUGCUGUGUACAAAGUCGUGUCCCAGACAGGUCCAACUCAUGCUCCCAUAUUUACAAUAGCAGUGCAAAUUGAUGGACAAACGUACGAGGGAAAGGGCCGUACGAAAAAAAUGGCUAAACACGCAGCCGCUGAAUUGGCACUGAGAAAUAUUGUGCAAUUUAGAAAUGCACCAGAGGUACAUCAGGCAAUGAAUACAUGCCAGAAUGUACCAACACUGGAGCCUGAUUUUACAAGUGACGUUACAGAGAAAGAUAAUCACCUCGUCAAUGCAUUUAAGACACUCAGUCAAGAGCCUAAAAAUGCUGGAAAGUACAUUGACAAAGGCCCAGUGGCGCUGAUUAAUGAGUUAUAUCCAGGAGUUGUUUACACAUGUGUUUCAGACAGUGGUGAGAGUUAUGCUAAAUUCACAAUAGCUGUGACAAUCGAUGGUGAGACAUUCGAGGGAACUGGACCGAGUAAAAAAAUAGCUAAAGCCGCUGCUAGCAAAGCAGCACUUGCUAAGUUGAGAAAUGUACACAGUUCAACAUUUUGUAUGGCACUCACUGGCUUACCAGUGCGAAUGCCAAAUUUUCCAAAUCUGGGACAGCCGCAUGAGCAGAUGAGUUUGCCACAAAUGUUGGCUGAUAAAAUUGGCAAAAUGGUUAAUCAGAAAUUUACGGAGCUUAUGCAGAGUAAACCCCAGCACGCUAGGCGUAAGGUUUUGGCUGGAAUUGUACAGACUAAGGGACAGGAGGCUGAAUUAAUCUGCGUUACUACAGGAACGAAAUGUGUAUCCGGUGAACAUCUCAGUGUAACUGGUGGUGCUUUGAAUGAUUGUCACGCUGAGGUAGUGGCUCGCCGAUGUCUCUGCGAAUACCUCUACAAGCAAUUAGCCCUUUACACCGACAACCGCGCUGAGGAAUCCAUUCUCGAGCCAGUGAAAAAGGGCUACAGAGUGAGGCCAGGCAUACAAUUUCAUUUAUACAUAAAUACAGCCCCUUGCGGCGAUGCCAGAAUUUUCUCACCCCACGAGGAGAAUGAGUCUGUUGACAAGCAUCCAAAUAGGCGUGCCCGGGGACAGCUCAGAACGAAAAUUGAGUCCGGUGAGGGGACUAUCCCAGUCAAGAGCAGCGAGGGAAUUCAAACUUGGGAUGGCGUUCUCAUGGGUCAAAGACUGCUGACGAUGUCGUGUUCGGAUAAAAUAGCUCGAUGGAACGUACUAGGUGUGCAAGGUGCACUCCUCAGCCACUUCAUCGAGCCUAUUUACUUCCACAGCAUCGUUCUUGGCAGUCUGUUAAAUCCAAGCCACAUGUAUCGCGCCGUAUGUGGAAGAAUUGAAAAUACAAUACAAGGCCUACCACCACCGUAUCGAUUGAAUAAGCCACUGAUGAGCCUCAUAACGUCUUCCGAAGUCAGACAGCCCGGAAAAGCACCAAACUACAGUGUCAAUUGGACAGUCGGUCAAGCCGAGGCGGAGGUAAUAAAUUGUACAACUGGCAAGGAUGAACUUGGAAAGCCAUCGCGUAUAUCCAAGCAGGGAUUGUUUCGUAUGUUCUUCAAUCUUCUGGGUAAACUCAGCACCAUUGACGAUGUCGAUCGCGAUGCCUGUCGUCAAUAUCUCGACGCUAAGUCAUCAAUCCAGGAUUACUCGCUCGCUAAACGCCAACUCAAGGAGGCAUUUGUACGUGCCCAACUUGGAAACUGGGUGAAGAAACCUAUUGAACAGGACAUGUUCGAAGUUGACAUCUGACUAGUUGAUGGAAACGUAAGAACCAGCGUUGUUAUUGAACACAGUGAUGAUUAUCUCGUUCCUAGCGUAAAUUAGAUCGCUCGUACUGCGUGUCAUGCUGCGGCAGAGUUUGGCAUCAGUAAAGCAUAAAUCGUGGGAACUCAAUUAAUUAUUAUUCCCUUUGUUUGUGAGAAAGUUUGAAUGGUCCACUGAGGUUUUUAACAAGGGGACAACUUUAAUCUUUGAUAUGCAUAAUGCUCGGGUCCUCCACUCGUUGGUCCCGUUUUCAAAUGACUUUCCCCAGAAUCAUUAAUCAACGGACGCGAGACGACCUUUUCUCUUGUAGAAAAAUAUUUUUUUAUUGAUUUUUCAGUUAAUUCAAUCGUUCCAAAAAAAUUGAUUGAAGUUUUGUCGAGGUAUCGAUUCUAGCGAACAAUUAAUAUGACGUUUAUUUUUGUUGUUUCGGUUUAUCAUAUGCAGAUAUGUUUUCAUUUUUUAUUUUUUUUUUCGUUCAAAAUAUGCUAGUCGAUGAUAGAAUUCGUGUUCCGUAUGAGCACGUCAAUUUUCUAGUUCGAUUAUAAAACAACUUUAUAGACUGUCUAGACGAGUAAGGCAUUCAUUAAAUAUUGACUUGGAGAUCACAGAACGCACAUUCAUCGAAAAAAUUAAUUUUACGGCGGCGAGUUUCUUUUGGAACAAGUUUUGUUGCGGAAAUUAAAACCCUUACACUGAAUAUUCAGUUUUUUUAUACAUUCAGCUUCUCCCUAAUGAGAACUGCCCCUUUAAAGAGAUGUUUUCGCACAUCCCCUUAAAUGGAAUUUGUAUUAUUCGAAAUUGGGAAGAAAUGCGGUUACUUUCCAUUUUGUUGCUGUAAGGGUACGAUUUUUUUUGUAAUAAUUCAUUUGAAUCAAUGGAUGACCGUGUUAGUUGACACGGUAACGUAUCAAACCAUAAGAAUAUCUUCUAUUGUCUAACAAAUUUGAUAUUUUCAUUAUUCGACGAAUAGAUGUACUUGACUCAAGGGAAAAGUUUAUUUCGUUCCAAUAAAAUUCAUUUGAAAGAACGUUCAGAUAACAUUGACGCGGUAAAAUUAUUUUUUUCCAUAAAUGCAGUGUGGAGAUCGCAUAGCGGCCUUAGGAUAUAAUUUCAUUAUCAAUUAGACUCAAGAGUUAUCACGGCAGGUAAAUGACGAUUGCACAUAUCCAUUAAAAAACUAGGUUCUAACUAAAACUCCCCCUCCACAAUCUCCACUUAUUUUCAAAGUAGAUUGUUCUACACUGAUCGUACACAGAUCUCUAUCCCCCAUGAAAUAAUGAUUUUAUGUAUAUCUAAGUCAUUAAUAAGAAUAUCAUUUUCCUAAGGAUCAUUUAGGAAUUUCAGCGCUCGUAGGUGGAACAGACAAUUACGUCGCCACACGUUCGCAUCCCUUGAAGGCUGUGACCUCGGAAAAUAAAUAUGGCGAUCGAUUACAGAGAAGCCAUUGUAAUGAGAACAAAGAAAUAUCACUGACAAAAUAUGAUUGAUACGAUAUGAAGUAAUAAUCCAAGUGAUUUAUCUUUGUUCGAGGACAGGUAGCUCCGAUCGCCACUAGAUUUUACAAGUUUACGUUACAUACGUGUGCCAGUGGAAUCCCUAAAAGUGAAUGAGCGAAUCAAUUGUGUAAAUGGAUUAAUCGACAAAGUAUACGCCCCAGAGUAUCCUAAGAUCAUUGCCUCACUGUGUCACUUACUAUUGUUUAGAUUAUUAGAUUAUAAUUACAAAAAAUCCUGCAACUCUGCCGUUAGUGACACACUGCCCGAUGCCGGUCCAGUUUAGCGCGAGUGAACUACAGUGUUGUCCAUCCCUUUUAUUCAUUGUAUUUAUAUCUGACUCUGAAUGAAUUGUUCAUGGUAAUUAUCAUGAUACAAGUUGGAUACACUAAAUUCAUCGUUUCUCCUUCGAGUUCUUAAUUUUUUUUUUAUAAUUACAAAUGAGUGAAUAAAAGGGUACACUUUGAGUAACCGAUUUGCACCAUAAUAAAAACCAAAAUCAUAAUAGACUUGUUUUACAUUAUAAUAGACGUGAAAACUAUAAUUUGAUUGAAACUCAAUUGUAAUCUUUCAUUGUAAAUACUUGCUUAUAAUCAGUAUACCCAGGAGUGAAAGAUUUGAGUGUAGAAUCGAUGAUUAAUCGUAAAAUAUUUGCUUAAUAAAUGAUACCAAUGCGUAUCUGUGCCAAUACAUAGGGUAAUUGGAUGAUAAACUAGAAGACACGAUGCUGUUGCUCAUGGAACGAAACUAAAAAAAGAUAUUACAAGUAUGAAAUUAAUGAUAAUUGUGAAAGCAACAUGACAGUAUUGAAAAAUAGUAUUCUUUGCCUUCUCAUUCGCUUCCAUAAAUAAAUUAUCUCCAUAUGUGGUAAUACCCACAGCACCGUAUUUAUUAUUAUAGAAUAAUUUUGUUUUUCAAUAAUCGAGAACAACAAUUUGGCGGGACAAAAUUGAUCGAAAAUAAAGAGUGAAUACAGUGACACAUAUUAAUGUGUAUUUCACUUAUGAUAAUAAUUAACGUAAUGGCCAUUAUUCGCAACAAUCGGUUGAUCUAAUGGAAAAUAUGAAAUAGCACUGCUCAAUUGACAGUAGCUCAAAUUCGUUGAUGAAAUAACAUAAUUAUUUAUAAUUACUACUCAAUAAUUAUGGACUAACACAAGUAAUGAUAUUAAAGUGAAAUUAAAUAAAUUAGUUGUAUAGAACAAAUUGCUAUUCUCUGUCGUCCCCUUUUGGGAGGCAAUUUUAAUCGCUAAUUAAGUAAUAAAUGACAAUUUUCAAUGCAUUCAUUAUUUAAGAUAGAGUGAUAAUUGAAAUUAACAGAAAUACGGUACAUCGAGAUUCAAUCAGCAUUCUAGGCAACAAGCUAGAUUUUAAGCUUUUGAAUAGUGCCUAUAGUUUAACAACAAACAUUUUAAAUCGACGAAUUAUCCUAGCCUGCUAUCACUGAAGACUUACCAAUAAAAUCGUUAUUUAAUAGUA